AGCCGAUCCGCGGCAGUCGCUCGUUACCCAUCGACGGUGUCGCGCGCAGAAUACACCGUGUGUGCGUGCGUGUGUGUGUGCGUGUGUGUGUGCGUGUGUGUGUGUGGCGUGUGUGUGAUGUGUGUGUGUGUGUGACCGUCCGCCCGCUCGACGCCGGACACUAUGAUAAUAAUAUCGUAACUACAUGGGCAUGAUAUCAUUUGUUGUACGGAGAAAAAAUUUUUUAAAAAAAAUUUACACACACAAAAUAACUUUGAAACACGCGUAAUACAAGAACAUUUUAAUAUUCGUUAAGUACGAAAUUCCUAUAUAAUAUAUUCAUAUAUACACGGGCGUGCAUGGGCACGCGCGAAUUUAGUAUUUUACUUGUCUGCCGAGGUGCUUACUGCGUAAGAACAUAAUAAUAUAUUGUUAUACGACGACAUCUGCAGCGGAAGUCUUCGUCGAGUCUCGAGUCACCGUCGCCGGAUCAGGUCCGCACUGCAACGAUCGGUUACUGUACAGCGGCGCAGGGCCCAUUGGCACGCACGGCGCGCGUCCAGUCGCGUGGCCGGCCGCCACCCUCGUCCCGUUCCGUCCGCCCGCUGAUCAAGUCGAGGCAGCGGCGACACCCGCACCACCGACAACAUCGGAACCACCGACUGGCCAUGGCCGCGAGGUAACAGCGCGCGCGCCGGCCGGAUACCACUCGUGUGGUACGCGGCGACCACGAGACGUUGGCCACACCGUGGUAUUUGAUGUUUCCGGAUCGGACGACCCCGGCGAGGUACAAUGCUUCCGGAAAGGCAAUGCUGCGCGCAGCUAUGCCCGGUGCAGACGACGACGAUGCCGCCGAAGACCGAGUGCCUGCAGGACCGCAAGUGGUGGUGCUUCCUGCUGUCCAGCGUGUUUACGUUUCUCGCCGGGCUGCUGAUCGUGCUCCUAUGGCGGUUCUUCGCGUUCCUGUUCACGCGCAAGCAGCCCGCCGAGCUCGCGGCGCCCGGUUGCCCGAACAGCGAGCCCAAAAAAGAGCCGAAGCGGCAGGGCAAACAGGAGUUCGAGGGAACGUUCAUGACAGAGGCCAAAGACUGGGCGGGCGAACUGAUAUCCGGACAGACCACUACCGGGCGGAUAUUGGUGGUGCUUGUGUUCAUUUUAAGUAUAGCAUCUCUAAUUAUAUAUUUUAUCGACGCCUCCAACGAGGAGGUUGAACGAUGCCAAAAGUGGAGUCACAAUGUUACUCAACAAGUAGAUUUAGCGUUCAAUAUUUUUUUUAUGGUUUACUAUUUUAUAAGAUUUAUAGCCGCCAGUGAUAAGUUAUGGUUUAUGUUAGAAAUGUACUCGUUUGUAGACUACUUUACGAUUCCACCGUCGUUUCUUUCGAUAUACUUGGGUCGAACUUGGAUCGGUCUGAGGUUCCUCCGAGCUCUGCGCCUAAUGACAGUGCCUGAUAUUUUGCAAUAUUUAAACAUUCUAAAAACGUCGAGUUCAAUUCGACUUGCUCAACUCGUGUCUAUUUUUAUAUCCGUGUGGUUGACCGCCGCCGGAAUCAUCCAUCUCCUGGAAAACUCGGGAGAUCCAUUUGAGUUCCAAAACCAGCAACGGUUAUCAUACUGGACUUGUGUGUACUUUUUGAUUGUAACCAUGUCUACUGUUGGAUACGGAGAUGUGUUUUGCCAGACUAUUUUGGGCAGAACUUUUCUAGUAUUUUUCCUACUCGUCGGCCUCGCGAUUUUUGCGAGUUGUAUACCCGAGAUAAUUGACCUGAUCGGAACUAGACCAAAAUAUGGAGGAACCCUGAAGAAUGAACGUGGAAGGAGGCACAUCGUCGUUUGCGGACACAUUACCUACGAGUCAGUGUCGCAUUUUUUGAAAGAUUUUUUACACGAAGACAGAGAGGACGUAGACGUGGAAGUGGUAUUCUUACACAGAAAAGAGCCAGAUUUAGAAUUGGAAGGGCUGCUCAAACGUCACUACACCACUGUCGAGUUUUUUCAGGGUACAAUGAUGAACGCAGUAGAUCUAGAGAGGGUGAAGGUCCACGAGGCUGAUGCCUGUCUGGUGUUGGCGAACAAGUACUGCCAGGACCCGGACGCCGAAGACGCUGCGAACAUAAUGAGGGUCAUUUCUAUCAAAAAUUACUCGGACGACAUAAGGGUCAUUAUACAACUCAUGCAGUAUCACAACAAAGCGUAUUUACUCAACAUUCCGUCGUGGGACUGGAAACAAGGAGACGACGUGAUCUGCUUAGCGGAGUUGAAACUUGGUUUCAUUGCGCAGAGUUGUCUAGCACCAGGCUUUUCCACAAUGAUGGCGAAUUUGUUCGCCAUGAGGUCGUUCAAAACGAGUAGAGAUGUGAUAGAGCGUUUGAUACCGUGUAUAGUUCCUGUGAAGAGUGUGGAGUUUGGUGUAUUUCAGUCUCCGGAUACGCAAGCGUGGCAGAACGACUAUCUGCAGGGCACCGGCUGCGAGAUGUAUACGGAGACCCUGUCCCCGUCAUUCACCGGCAUGACGUUUCCGCAGGCCAGCGAGUUGUGCUUCACGAAGCUGAAACUUCUGCUGUUGGCCAUAGAAAUAAAAGGCGAGGAUGGACGGGACAGCAAGAUAUCAAUAAACCCCAGAGGUUCCAAGAUACAAGCGAGCACCCAGGGGUUCUUCAUCGCUCAGUCGGCCGACGAAGUCAAAAGGGCUUGGUAUUACUGUAAGGCAUGUCACGAAGAAAUUAGAGACGAAACGCUGAUCAAGAAGUGCAAGUGCAAAAACUAUGUCGGUAUGAUUAUGAUGGAGACUGGAAUGUUGGCACAUAAUUAUAAUUUCGAGGUGGCGACAUUCCGGAAAGGCGUUCGCGCUAUACAAAUGGUCGGACGGGCAAACGAUCAUCCUCCCCCCACGGAAACUCCACCAACUCUUCCAAAGAGAGUACAUAAUAUCAGAGGUGACGUCGGGAAGGAAAAGGAAAUAACACUGUUGGGCAACAAAAAUACGCCAACGGCUAUGCCCAAUUCGAUAAUGACAGCGGCAAAACAGGUGAACAAAGUGAAGCCAAUCAACCGUCCCGCGGACAAAGGGUCGCCCAACACAAACUACAACCGAGCUCAACAAGAAGAAGGAAGCUACGCCGGAUAUCAACUCGCAUACGAAGUUAAAAAAUUAUUACCGACGACCAGAGGAGGAUCAGCUGGCACAAACAUAAACAGCAACGGUAUUCAAAUCGGUAUUGCCGACGACCAGGCGAAAGACUUUGAUUUCGAAAAGACUGAAAUGAAGUACGACUCCACUGGCAUGUUCCACUGGAGUUCGGCUAAAAGCCUCGAAGAAUGUAUCUUGGACAGGAACCAAGCCGCAAUGACCGUAUUGAACGGCCACGUCGUGGUGUGUCUGUUCGCCGAUCCGGAUUCGCCGUUGAUCGGACUAAGAAAUUUAGUUAUGCCUCUGCGGGCGUCAAAUUUCCAUUACCACGAGCUCAAGCACGUGGUGAUCGUCGGUGCCGUUGACUAUAUCCGCCGAGAGUGGAAGAUGUUACAGAAUUUACCGAAGAUUUCGGUGCUCAACGGAUCGCCACUGAGUCGAGCUGACUUGCGAGCGGUCAACGUAAAUCUGUGCGAUAUGUGUGUGAUAUUGUCGGCAAAAGUUCCUAGCAAUGACGACCCUACGUUGGCCGACAAAGAGGCCAUUUUAGCGUCACUGAACAUCAAAGCGAUGACUUUCGACGACACCAUUGGAGUGCUCACGCAAGACGAAACCGCGGUGACCAAACAAUUCGAUCCGGACGGUCUGAAUUGUGCCGGCGGGCCCAUAGUGUUGCAGAGACGAGGGUCGGUGUACGGCGCCAACGUUCCGAUGAUUACUGAACUGGUCAACGACAGCAACGUGCAGUUCCUCGACCAAGACGAUGAUGAUGACCCCGACACGGAGCUGUAUCUCACCCAGCCAUUUGCGUGUGGUACGGCCUUCGCCGUCAGCGUCUUGGACUCGCUCAUGUCGACGACUUAUUUCAAUCAAAACGCGUUGACGCUCAUCCGAUCGCUGAUUACCGGUGGUGCGACGCCAGAACUUGAACUCAUUUUGGCCGAAGGAGCAGGGCUCCGAGGUGGUUACAGCACUGACGAGAGCUUGGCUAACCGCGAUCGGUGCCGGGUCGGGCAGAUCUCGCUCUACGACGGGCCACUGGCGCAGUUCGGUGAGGCCGGAAAGUACGGCGACCUGUUCGUGUCCGCCCUCAAGUCGUACGGGAUGCUGUGCAUUGGUCUAUACAGGUACCGAUUCAGAGACAGGAGCUCGUCUUGCGACGCGUCAUCAAAACGAUACGUCAUCACAAACCCACCGGACGAUUUCUCACUGAUGCCCACGGACCAGGUAUUCGUGCUGAUGCAGUUCGAUCCUGGGCUCGAGUACAAACCCACCAGCAGGAACGGAGGACGUGCCAAAGACGACAAUUCCUGACUAUUGCUUUGUAGCGCUCUCACAGACGGUCCGUAUUCGUACAUCUAAAUCGCAUGGGGCCGGGCUCGAUUGCGCGGCAAUCGCACAUGACAAACACGAUCACCACAACCACCUCCACAACAACCUCCACGACCACGACCGCAACCACUACCACCACAACCUCCUCAACCACAACCUCCACGACCUCCAACACCUCCGCCUCCGCCGAACGUGGCUACACUACGAUGGUUUUCUUCGUGUCACCUAUUGUAUUCGUUUUCUUUAGCAAACUCUGCUGUUUGUACUCCCGUUUAUCGAAAAUGCGAACGGUAGAACGCCGAGAAUCAUAGGCGUUUCGUCUGUUGUUUGUCCACUCAUCGAAAUCAGAACACGUUUGAAACGAAAUCUUUCUGAUAUACCAUUAUCUGAUCCCUACGCCGGACGUCGGUUAGGUAAACGUAUCGAAGCACGUGAUCGUCGAUCAAAACCACAUACUGUAACAUAUCCACCCAAUCGCCGUGUUACGACUUCAAGUAUACAUCUUUCGCGUAUUCGAGUACCUGUGCCAAAUCACACACACACGCACCGAUUAAUAUGCGUGUGCGUGUACUGGAUAGUUGAAAUUUUAUAACUUAGGGGGUUAAACCUAUGAUGUAAAAUUUCUUCCAUCUAGUAUAAGCACAUACUAUAUUAAGUGUGUGUAGCUGUGCGUAUUUGUACGUGUCUUCGCUUAUUACUACGUGUCCAUGCGUGUCGGUGUGUUUUGAAAUCCUAACUUGCGCGUCUCGUUGGAACGAUCAAUGGUUCGGAGAUCGCUCUGCGCGUUUUGAAAAAUUUAUUUUUCUCGAACACACUGGAAAUAAACAGAAUACAAUCGUCAUGGUCGUCAAAUUUUUCGUUUCCCUUGUCAGGUUAACGGUCAGGUCCGGGUACACAAUCGUUUCGAUUCACGGGUCUGAUGAUUUCGAGUGUCUUGAUGACCGUUGUCUCCAGGAGAAACAACUUUAUGUCCACUUUUUAUGUACCUCAUGCCCUAAUAUUUAUACAAUUUUUUCCCACCGAAAUGUUUUUUCCGUCAUACUCGAUCGUGUUGCCCACAACGUGUGCGCUGCCCCACUUUUCGAGUCUCGCCGCUGCGAUUUAGACCGAAAACGAACGACGUGUUAGCGCUACACCCGUCGGUAACUUUUUUUGUAUAGCAUAAAAUCUCGUUGUAUAAUAGUUUACAUAAAUAACUACUUUAUCGUUUAUAUAAUUGUCUCGUAAUCGUAAAAUUUGAUUAUAAUUAUAAUGUGUAUUAUGUAGAACACCAAAAACAAAAGAAAUAUGUAUAACGCUCGUUGUACUCUAUAAUGUUUUAGUAUUAUCAAGAGUGUAGUUUAAAAUUAUAAUCGCCUAUGUAUUAUACAAAAAAA